UUUUUUGGUGUUUAGAGAGUCAAAAGAACGGAAAUGAGAAUCGAUUCUAAGAUUACCUUUAGAUACGGGAGGAAGCUCUAAUAACUUGAUCUGAGCCAUCCCUCACUCUCAAACUUCUCCAUAUUCUUAAAAUGAAUGUUCCAUUUUGUUUGUCACAUUUCCUUAAUAGUAUAUCUUUUUCUCCUUUACAAACUUGGCAUACAAAAAAAAAAAAAAUCGACCUACAUGCUUUCAAAUGAACCAACUCUUGAAAAAAUAAUUUAAAUAAAAGAGACAAUAAUUAUGAGACAAAUGGAGUAAUUGAUCACCUCUUUUUAACUGAUUCCCAAAUAAAUAUAUAAAUAAAAUAUAAAAAACUAUACUAUAUAUAAAUCACAUCACACCUCCUAAAAUUUUGAACCCAAAAAAGAAAUAUUACAACAGUAAGAUUAAAAAAAUACACCAAUACUUGCUAGAAAUGGCAAUUGAUAACCUUGCUAGUAAUGAAAGCCGCCUUUCGGGUGCCUAUAUUCGUAGCCUUGUCAAACAACUUACAACUUCAAAACCCUUAAACACAAACAACGAAAAUUUGAUCAAUAAUGAUAGUCUUAUUGUUGGGGAGUUUACACCUCAAGCAUCAAUAAGCACCAAAAAAGGUGACAAAUUAGGCAUGGCUAAGCCAAAUAACAACAACCAACAACAAGGUCACAAGAAGCAAGUCCGACGACGGCUCCAUACGAGCCGCCCGUACCAAGAGAGACUCCUCAACAUGGCCGAGGCUCGGAAAGAGAUCGUCACCGCGCUCAAGUACCAUCGAGCCUCGAUGAAACAAGCUAAUGACCGUAAACAAACGCGAGAUGAACAACAUAUGGAUGGUCAUCAGCAAUUGCAACAACACCGGUCGAUAUUUGGUGUACAAGAUUAUCAAACUCGUACAUUAGUCAAAAAUGAACCAUCAUCUUCAUUAGAUAAUAAUUUUUGUUAUAGUAAUAAUAAUAAUAACAACAAUUGUAACAAUAAUUAUAAUAAUCAUAGUCCCUCUUACCCUUGGGGAAUUAGUUCAACACAAUUAAUAGAACCUAGAUAUGAAACCUUAAAUAAUAUUCCACUUCCAAAUCAAACCCUAGGGUUAAACCUCAACCUUCAAGCAUUUACAAAUUUAGAUACACCCUUUUGCCAUUCUAUAAACACUACCUAUACCAAUAACCAUUAUUCGCCAUUAUCACCAUCAUCGUCGUCCUCCUCGACCCCAAGAGAUCUCGGUGCCACGACAACGGCCGAGAGGGCGGGACUACUCCCUAGUAAUGGUAUGGCGGGUAUGGACAUGAUGCAUCCGGCAUUAGAUGAAGUUGAGAUGGCGGCGAUUCGAUCCGUGGGAGAACAACAUCAAAUGGAGUGGGAUGAUACUUUGAAUUUGGUUAAGUCAGCUUGGUGGUUUAAGUACCUUAAAACGGUGGAUUUUGGUAAGGAAAUUAAAAGGGAAGAAGAGAAUUAUAAUGAUCAUGUUCCAUUUGGAGAGUUGGAGUUUCCUCCUUGGUUAAGUGCAAAUAAUGAUGAGAGUUUCUUGCAACAACAUUUGGAGGAUUCUUGCUCCGAGGAUACUACUUUGCCUUGGAUGGAUAUUGGAGAUAUUGAUGGAAUGGAUGAUGAGUGGUUAUCAUAACACUAUUUUAGCAGUCUGAUUUUGCUUCUUCCCAAUGCAAUCAACUUCUUGCAACAUAAACCAUAGAUGAGGAGGUCAAGGGUAAAAAAAUGAAAAUGAAAUACUUGUAUUCUAGUAUUUUGCUUAUUUUUUACAGAAAUGGAUUAAUUAGUAGCCAAUGGUAGACAACCAACCUCGUGUGAUUUGUCAUUUACAUCCCUUCCUAUUAAAAUAAAGGGUUUUCUUUGAUAAUUUUA